AUGGCCACGCCUAUUCCCAACCCUGUUCCAAACCCCCUGGUCUCCGCCGCUCUAUCAACGUCCGCGGCCCUCCGAGCCGCGCCGCCGCUGCCUGUUUUGCCACCGCCCGUUCUUGGUGCUCCUUUUGGAUUGGUCAACCAAACCGGACAGGUUGGAUUAAACUCCUCUGGGGCAGUUGCUGCCAGCGGUAUUAUGAACGUGUCCCUUGGUCUUGUGGCCACGAACAUGCCCCCUGGUCUUGUGGCCACGAACAUGCCCCCUGGUCUUGUGGCCACGAACGUGCCCCCUGGUCUUGUGGCCACAAACAUGCCCCCUGGUCUUGUGGCCACAAACAUGCCCCCUGGUCUUGUGGCCACAAACAUGCCCCCUGGUCUUGUGGCCACCAACAUGCCAGUUGCCACUGGCAUGGUUAUUACAUCAGCUUCGAGUGGGCAGAGUUCCACAGGAAAUGCCAAGUCUGCCUUGCUAACAAAACCCUUUACCAUGGAGAAACCCUUUACCGUGGAGGAGCCCAGCGGCAAAGGAGCGAGAGCAGACAAGUUGUACGUAGACGGCCGGAAGACGAGCGGGAAGGUUCUGAAGGAGACGAAGAACUUACGACGGGCCGGUGGACGUACCUGGGUGGACCCGACGCUGAACGAAUGGGCGACCGACGACUACCGUGUAUUUUGCGGCGACUUGGGCAACGAGGUGACGGACGAGAUUCUGAGCACCGCCUUCAAGCAUUUCCGUUCCUUCCAGCGCGCCCGAGUCGUCCGCGAUAGUCGCACCGGCAAGAGUAAGGGUUAUGGCUUCGUCUCCUUCCUCAGCCCCUAUGACAUGCUCGCCGCCAUCAAGACUAUGAAUCGUAAAUACGUCGGCAACCGUCCCAUCAAGGUCAUGAAGUCCAAGUGGAAAGACCGAGAUAUCAACAAUCCCAAAAACUCAGCAACAGCCCAACUCGUUAAAGAAGCCACUGCUGAAGAACACAGCAAGACGCUACGCAAAUUCCGGAAACUCAACAACUAG